AUGACGACAAGAUACCGUGUAGAAUAUGCUCUCAAGACUCAUCGAAGAGAUCAGCUUAUUGAAUGGAUCAAGGGUCUAUUAGCUGUCCCGUUUGUGUUGCACUCGCAUCCUACAGCCGUGUUUGAGCCCAAUGGCGAAUCGGUCGAACAGCAGGCCAACAUUGCCCAGCGGCGGUAUGCUGAGAUUAUGCGUGAUGUAGAAGAGAUAAUCAACGAUCACAUUCAGCACCAGAAAGAUGGCAAACCAGACCGGUCAAAGCUAAAGCUGCUGGUACCGUCAGUAGCAAACUUCUUCACACCACUAGCACUACAUGAUGCAUUCAUAUGGCAAGACCAGCGGCGUUUCAUUAGCCACCGGCGUUUUGUGCCUCCUUCUUUUAAUGACGUUCGUCUGGUUCUCAACACAGCCCAGGUAAUGAGUCUGGUCCGCAAUGGCCCAUUGGAACUCGUGACUUUUGACGGAGAUGUGACGCUCUAUGACGACGGAAAGAAUCUUGAGCCCGACAAUCCGAUCAUCCCAAAGAUACUGGGACUGAUGCGGCGUGGAUCUAAGAUUGGCAUUGUCACGGCUGCCGGAUACACUGAGGCAAAGCCAUACUACGGAAGACUUCACGGCCUGCUCGAUGCCAUUCAGGCCUCUGACCUGCCUCGAGAGGCUCGUCAGAACUUGCUCAUCAUGGGAGGCGAGAGCAACUUUUGUUUCAAGUUUGACGAAAACAGCCCAGUGCUGCUGCGGCUAGUACCGCGAGCAGAGUGGCUGUUGGAAGAGAUGCUGCUAUGGCAUGAGACGGACAUCAAAGACCUCCUGGACCUGGCAGAGGCCUCGCUGAGGGACACGAUUCGGAACUUCCGGAUGGAGGCCAAUGUGGUGCGCAAGGAGAGGGCAGUAGGCAUUGUGCCCAAGCCUGGAUAUAAGUUUUGCCGUGAAACGCUAGAAGAGACAGUGUUGAUUAUUCAAAAGAUUUUGGAAAUUUCUGAGGUUGGCCAACGGCUGCCGUUUUGCGCGUUCAAUGGCGGAAACGACGUGUUUGUUGACAUUGGGGACAAAUCAUGGGGAGUGCUGGCGUGUCAGCGCAUCUUUGGGGGAAUUGCAGGCAGCAAGACACUGCAUGUGGGCGACCAGUUUCUUAGUGCGGGAGCAAAUGAUUUCAAGGCGCGAUUGGCGUGCACUACAGCAUGGAUUGCCAACCCGCUAGAGACGUGCCAGUUGCUGGAUGAGAUUGCGGAGCUGGACGAGAUUCACCAGCGCAAGACGCGGUGA